UUAUCCUCCUAAGCUCACCCUCACGUGGUGUCCCACACUCUUUAAAUGACCCCUCACCGCCAAAACACAUCCAGCUGGAAGCUGAUCAAUGCACGGCACGGCCGACGAGAUGGCAUUACAGUUUGAAGCGUCCUGUCCUAAUGGACUAUGUCCAGGAUGGAGUGUUAUCCUGAAAGGAGAGACUCCAGCAGAGGCCAACAAGUUUGAGAUCAAUUUCCUAUGUGAACACGAUGACAGAAUAGCCUUCCAUUUCAACCCCCGCUUCAAUGAGUCAGAUAUCAUCUGCAAUUCCUACCUGGCCAACCACUGGGGGAAGGAGGAGAGGUGCAGCAAUCUCCCCUUCGGAGUAGAGGAGCCUUUCCAGAUUGAAAUUUACUCUGACAAUGAUAACUUCCAUGUUUACAUUGAUGAAGUCAUGGUGAUGCAGUAUAAACACCGUGUGGAAGAGCUGAAGACCAUCACAAAAGUACAAGUGGUGAACGACGUCAAUAUCUCCUCUUUGGAGAUCACCAAAAAACACUUUUUCUGAGGGUGGGCGGUAAGGACAAGCAGGCGAUUCAUUUGGAAUGAGCCGUUUCUUUGUUUACAGUGUU